AUGACACUCUACGUACCCAGCGAAAAAGAAUACCUCCUCCAUCUCUGUGACGUUCAUGGAAUCAAGGGAGAGGGAGAUCUGAUUGCCGCGUCUGGGUCAUGGCACAGAGUGAUCGAGGACAUGAAUGCUGAAGCACCAAGACACCUCGAAGGUGGUGAUCUUUUCAAUGGCGAUCCAUGGCCCGUUAGACAAUAUACGUGGCAGAAUGUCCCUUUCGCUUGUAGACGGUGGAUGAGAAUUAGGCGCAUCCAGAUGCGUAAUGCGCUUGAUGCUGCUAGAGAGAAGAACGUGGAGUAG